AUGUACGGCUCUCACCCCCCUCCGAAUUACAUGGGGAACUAUCACAACCCCCCUCAACCAGAAUGGCAACAGCAACAACCUCCAACUACAUACAACCCCAACACAUAUGGCCCGAUACAUCCAGCUCCGCCAGCAUCAACCAGUCCUGUGUCUGGACUGGAUACGACCAGUUGGGGUGUUCGCUAUAACCAGCAUAGCCCGCAUGCUUCUGCCCCUCCAUUACCGCCUCGCCCUGAUCAGGCUUCCCCGCCGCCUCCUCCUCUUCCUCCUCCACCACCACCUCCCUCUUCUCUACCUCCUCUUUCUGCUCAAUCGCCAGUCCAUUGGGAUUAUGGUGUCAAUUACUCGCAAUAUUCUCAAACACCUAUCCCUCCACCGCGGCCUCCCCUACCGCCAGCAUAUCAGAGUGGAAUUCAACAGAACGCGCAAGAAUGGCAAGCUCCACAGCAAGGCCAUCCAGCUCAGUACUCCACUCACCCUCUAACUCACCAUUAUGACCCAUCCGCUCCGCCGCCACCUCCUCAAAACCAAGAGCCUACAUAUACAGUCGGAAAUCAUGGACAGUAUUCAGUGCCAACUUAUCAUCAGCCGCCAUCAAUCACAUCCGGUGAACAACAGCAAUUGGGUCCUCCAACUUCUAUGCCAUUACAUUCAGCGCCGCCAACUAUUAGUGCUACUCCAACAUCGUCCUCUCCUGUGCAAGUAGGCCCAAAAAUAAGCCAAGUGUCAUCAAGCGCCUCCGCCCUCGGGUUUGGCAGUCCCUCGGACUGGGAGUAUCUUUCACCCGCACCGGGUGAGGUGAAUGAUAUCCACUCGUAUCAAGCGAGUGCAAGGACUGAACAACAUGCACCCCAAAAUGCGAGCCCUACACCGCAAAACCAGGUCCAUAUUCGCACUCAAAGCCAGUCCCCGGCUUUGUCGCACGUCUCUAACCCAGCAUUCUCUGCACAAGCGCAAACACCACCCACCGAAAAUGUCUCCUUAAGCCAUCAAGAUGUGCCUCAUUCUACGCGCCCUGUGAGAGAUGAUAGCAUCCGGUCCGACCAUAGUGUUGUUUCCUCCUUAAGCUAUUCCGAAACGAUUGACGGUGUCAUUCAGGCGUGGAACCAUCCCGUCUCUCCUGUUAUUAAGCCCCAAGACGAAUCUUCCCCGCAGAGCCCAGCUUCAUUUUCGAAGCCUGCUUCUCCCCAAACAAAGCCAAGGCAGCAGAUUCCCCCACAGACGCAUACACCCUCUGAAAUACGGACACCCUCUCCAAUGAUAACCAACCCCGACACUGGCCCAGGCGAGCGAGUAGUGCAAACUCCUGUGAGCAAAACAUCGCCUGAUGUCCCUGAAAGGCCAUCUUCGCAGGCCAAACCCCUUGACCCGUACGAUGACCUUGACCCAUGGUCUAAGUCUUCUCUAUUUCGAUAUGCCACCAUGCUGCGGAAGGAAGCAGUUGCUGAGUCGGAUGAUGAAAAGUACAAAAUUUUUACUGGAUUCGUAGCUAAGGAGACAAGGCUACGUGAGGUUCUAUAUAAUAUUGAGGAUAUUACCAAGGAGAAAAAGGCAUCAACCACGGAUGCUUCAUUGGAAAUAGGAAACUCCAAAAAGGACCUCACCACUGAACCUGUUCGACCCAUUAUCGAAUCCGGUCUUAUUCCUGUGGAAUCAGAAGUACCUGCCAAGGCUCCCGUUGUUCCAGCUCAGUCACCCGACUUGGAUGAUAUUCCCUACAGUCCCGGUGGUCGGCCAAUACUACCUAAGGUCCAAUUCACACACGCUGUUAAAAACCAGAAGGGCGGUCUUCAAAGAUCGGCUUCGAACCCUUCUGGCCGCGGUAAUACCCCUCUUACUGAAGUUCCGCCAGUUCAACUUGAAAACAAUGCCACCACCGCCACCCAUGACUUGGCUUUUAGGUCUACAUCGGUGCCACCGCCAUCGAUGAAGAGUUCAAUUACUCAUCAAACACUAGCUCCCUUAGAGCCAGAGCCUCCUCAUCCGGCCUACACACCUUUUAGAUACACAGAGGGACCGCAAAGGGGUUCUGAAAGUCUUACUGUUGUACAACCAGCCUACCAAGCGUACUCGGCUUUACGUCAGGCAUCUGCCGAAAGUGGGCGUGCAAUGUCCGUAGCUCCUGUACUGCAGUCACAACUUAAACCCAGCACCGGCAUGAACUCCACUGGCAGUCUUCACCCAGACGAGACUUUUCUUGGUAUCAUUCGAGAGAAAAGUGUCUCAUAUCGUGAAAAACGUCCGUCCCCCUUUUCCGGAUCUGCAGUUGAGGAGCUCGGCGCGUUGAUUCCAAGCCCAUUCCCAACCCCCGGGCAAAGUCCGGAGGUUGCCAGCAUCGAGAAGAAGAUGGAUGUCUACUCCGAUGAUUUCAGGUAUAUCCCUGUUGCUACCGAGUCGUGGGAUUUGUCUGCUAGGGAUCGGUAUGAUAAACUUGAAAAGGGCCGUGUCGCACGCCAAGAGGCAUCUGAAGAACACAUUGAUACUCUCUUUAAUGACAAGGAGAUCGGAUAUGCUGAUAUCAACCCUCUUGAAGAGGAGUUCCGGCAAGGGGAAGCUCGGACCCAACUUGACGAGGAAAGGAAAGAGCUUGAAAAUUAUAUUCGCAACGUUUUCAAUCCUCUGGAUGCACGGUUAAAAGAAGAGAUUGUGGAACUACGCGCACUCAAUCAAAGAGCCAUGGAAGAACUCAAGAGGCAAACUUUCCAUGAAAGUAAGAGUGCAAAUUACCAGCUGUCAUAUACAAUGAAAUUAGUAAAUUCUUUGGCAGCUAAGCUGGAAUACCGCUUUCAGAAACGCCUUGAUAUUGCCUUGGAGCGGGAACAACGGCGCAAAAAGGCAGAGAGGCGACCAUUUGUAUUCCUGGGUGAUGCUCGCUCGUUGAGGAAAUUGGACGGUGAUUUCGAGAAAAUGGAAAAGCAGAACAUUGUCGAAGCUGCCAAGGACCGUGAUGAAAGAGCUAAUAAACUGACGGAUCUUUUUGACGAGGCUGUUCUGAGUGCGUUAGGCAACCAUCAGCGACUCCUCGAUGAUGUGACCUCCAAAACCAAGAGACUCGAUAUUGAUGCGGUGGAACAUAGCAGUUUGUCCGAGCCGGACAAAGAACUACUUCUGCGGUCAAUUUCUGCGCUCACAAAACUGCUUGUUGAAGAUGCCGAGUCUAUGCUUACCAGCUUUAAGAAGGCAGACUCUCUUCUAAAUGAGGCCGACUAUAAUGUUUCUGUAGCGGAAGCUCGCUACUCGAAUGCAGAAUCCGAUAUAUUCCGUCAACUAGACGAGGAGAAGGAGAAAGAGGACAAGAAGAUUGACGAAGACCAUGUUUCCAAGAUGGAGAGUGUCAGAAAGGGACCAUCACAGAUUACCAUCAAGAUAGAUGAAAUCCUGCGAGCAAUGAAUAAGGAGCCUGGUAUCGGCCAAGGACCGUGGAAACGACCGGCAGCUAUUGUGGCGAACCCGCCCACUGCAUCCCUUGCUGUUGAAGAGCCUGCUGACCGCCCUGGAGAUGUCUUGAUGCCAGGUCCUCGGCCGCCUUCUGCAGAAACAGAGCAGCAAGAGCGACUGCGAAGGGCUCUUGAAGAGGCGAAGAAGCGAAAUGCAGCAAAGAAUUAUACUACCUGA